UCACUACACUUGUUACCGCUUGUCCUGAGAGCGGAGAGGGCGAACUCCGGCUGAGGGCAGGGUGGGAGCCGGCAGCCGGCAACUGAGUUAGACAGAGAGGCACAAAGAUCGCCAUAAUAUCCGUUAUAACCAGCCAUCCAAACGACCCCCAACACACACUCAUCCAUCCCGCCGCCAGGAGAGGCAGCCAGAGUCCGCUCUCCAAGCCAAGGGAAAAAGCCCCAGCCAUGAGCAAUCAGUACCAGGAAGAGGGCUGCUCCGAGAGGCCAGAGUGCAAAAGUAAAUCUCCAACUUUGCUCUCCUCCUACUGCAUCGACAGCAUCCUGGGCCGGAGAAGCCCAUGCAAAAUGCGGCUACUAGGAGCCGCGCAGAGCUUGCCUGCUCCGCUGGCCAGCCGCGCUGACCAGGAAAAGGCCAUGCAAGGCUCCCCCAAGGGCAGCAGCGCCCCGUUCGAGGCUGAGCUGCACCUGCCGCCCAAGCUGCGGCGCCUGUACGGCCCGGGUGGGGGCCGCCUCCUCCAGGGCGCGGCGGCAGCGGCGGCGGCGGCGGCGGCGGAUCCUGCUUCUCCCUCGCCCGACGGCGCGGGGGCCGCGGUGGCAGCCGCCGCCGCAGCCGCCGCCGCCUGGGACACACUCAAGAUCAGCCAGGCGCCGCAGGUGAGCAUCAGCCGCAGCAAGUCGUACCGCGAGAACGGGGCCCCCUUCGUGCCGCCGCCGCCCGCGCUGGACGAGCUGGGUGGCCCGGGGGGCGUCGCGCAUCCGGAGGAGCGGCUCGGUGCGGCUGGAGGUCCGGGUAGUGCCCCAGCGGCGGGUGGCGGCCCUGGCGCCGAGGAGGACGAGGAGGAGUUGCUGGAGGAUGAGGAGGAUGAGGAUGAGGAAGAAGAACUGCUAGAGGAUGAGGAGGAGGAGCUGCUGGAGGAUGAUGCCCGUGCGCUACUCAAGGAGCCCCGGCGCUGCUCGGUGGCCGCCACCGGUGCGGUGGCCGCAGCUGCCGCCGCCGCCGUGACCACCGAGGGCGGGGAGCUGUCGCCCAAGGAAGAGCUGCUGCUGCACCCAGAGGACGCCGAGGGCAAGGACGGCGAGGACAGCGUGUGCCUGUCGGCGGGCAGCGACUCAGAGGAGGGGCUCCUGAAGCGGAAACAGAGGCGCUACCGCACCACGUUCACCAGCUACCAGCUGGAGGAACUGGAGCGGGCCUUCCAGAAGACGCACUACCCGGACGUCUUCACCAGGGAGGAACUGGCCAUGAGACUGGACUUGACUGAGGCCCGGGUCCAGGUCUGGUUCCAGAACCGUCGGGCCAAGUGGCGUAAGAGGGAGAAGGCUGGCGCGCAGACCCACCCCCCGGGGCUGCCCUUCCCUGGGCCGCUAUCAGCUACCCACCCUCUCAGCCCUUACCUGGACGCCAGCCCCUUUCCCCCGCACCACCCGGCGCUAGACUCGGCUUGGACAGCCGCCGCCGCCGCCGCCGCAGCCGCCUUCCCGAGCCUACCUCCGCCUCCGGGCUCCGCCAGCCUGCCGCCCAGUGGGGCGCCGCUGGGCCUGAGCACUUUCCUCGGAGCCGCCGUUUUCCGGCACCCUGCCUUCAUCAGCCCAGCGUUUGGCAGGCUCUUCUCCACCAUGGCCCCCCUGACCAGCGCGUCGACCGCGGCUGCGCUCCUGAGACAGCCCACCCCUGCGGUGGAGGGCGCAGUGGCUUCGGGCGCGCUGGCCGACCCUGCCACGGCGGCCGCAGACAGACGCGCCUCUAGCAUAGCGGCGCUGAGGCUCAAGGCCAAGGAGCAUGCCGCGCAGCUUACGCAGCUCAACAUUCUGCCGGGUACCAGCACAGGCAAGGAGGUGUGCUAAAGGAUGCGCUCCACCCUCGCGCCCUCAGCGCGCCCGGAAAGGUCACCUCACUCAGCACCACUCAAGACCAAAAGGAAACAGAGGACCAGCACACUCCCGAGACGGCACUGAGAGAGCACAGCCGCCUUCCCAGCAGCCAGGGCCCAGACAAGGCAGCCCUUGGAGCUGACGUGGCACCCCCUCGGCUGGCUGUCCACCCGCCCCUGUCCCUGUCCCUGUCCCUGCCAACCUCGUUCCAACUCGAACGUCCACUCCCAUUCUUACUUUUCUGAGAGUAACCGGGACGAUUUCUCCCUAAGACGCCCAGUAUUGAAGUUUAAAAAAAGAAAUUAAGCCCAACCUUCUCUUCCUCCAGACACCCCAGUAGCUUUUUUUUUUUUUUUUUUUUUUUUUUUUUUUUUGAAUAGCAUUUUGGCGCUCUAAGUUUAUUUCAGCGCGGGCCCGGCAUGAAGCCAGGGCCAGAGAAGCGAAUGCGGAUCUGUAAGAUAGCUAACAGUGCACUUAAAGGAAAGGGGCGUCUUGUUCUUGUUCUCUUCUUUAUCAUACACCAACCAAGGUUUUUAUAUCAAACCAAAGGGAAAUACUCUGCUAGAAUAUGGACUGUUGAAGUCACCAAACUGUGAUUAUUGAUUCUGUACAUACCAUUGUUAUUAAAAAAAAAAAGAACAGAGCUUUGUAUAUUUGAAAUGUUAUAAAUGCAAUUGCACUCAGCGUGGUAUGGUAAAAGUUUGUCCUCCUGUAGAUUCUUACUGUGUUGUAGAUAUGGUAGGGUUCCUAGACAAAUAUUUAUGUACUCAAGCCCUUUAUUUAACUUAUUAACUGUAGAGGCUUCGGGAAACCUUCAAGAUAAAGGCAAUGGUACAGUACUUUUGUGUAAUGUGUAAUUGUUAUCACUUUUCCUUGCUAUCUAGUGGAGAAGUGUCA